AGCAGUCGGCCGGCAAUACUCGCAUUCUGUUUAUCACAUGUGUUCCAAGGGAAACUCAUGUGCUUGGCAAUUGAAUCGUUGGUUGAAUGUUGAAUGGGAAGUGGACGAGUGCGGAAAGUGCGUUGUGCGCACCCCAGAACGAGUUUCUCCGUUUCCUUGAAGCAGACGGACGUACAGAUAUCUUUUAACCGCCGUCAUCUGCAACCUGAACUGUAGACCACUUUCAUUCCAAGUCGAGGCUUGAUUCAGUUCGGUUGUGGGUUUUCAGGAUCCUCGACAAAUCGGUCGAACCACGUUUUCACUUCUAUGUCCUUGUCCUUGCGGUGAUAAGAUAGUGCGCGGUGACAUAGUGCAAGUGUUCAUUUGAUAUAUAGCUUCUGACUAGACACACAAAUAGGUUCUUAAAGGACGAGUUUAGUAUCUCGGCGAAUGGUUAAACAUUGAAAAAGGAAGUGGAGUAGAGUGGAGUCGGUGUUCUGGGGACAGACUGGAGUUCCGUGCGGUUGGUUGCGAUUUCCCACUUGAGAUGCAUCUCGAGUUGUGACCUUUGUAUGUUUCGCGUCUAAAGUGGGUCAAAUCUGAAAAGAGUGUUUUUUAGUGCGGGCAACGGUGCUCGAAUGUGGUGCUGUUGAGUGAAUUAAUUGCAUCAUUUGGAUACAGGACAUUGGCUCUGUUCCAGUAUAUCUUGAGGAAAGACUUGAUUAUUCAGCGAUGGGUGAACUGAAAGGGGAUUUUCAGAUGGCAUUGGAUGGUAAAACAAUCAUUAAAGAAGAAAUUCCAGAUAAAGAAGUUUAUGAAUCAACUGCCAACAAUCGCCGAACGAAGGGUAAUGGUAAGGAUAAUUGCCGCACACCUGACUCGCCUGAAAGUGCACGAGCCGUUGCCCCGAGAUCACCAAUGUCACCGCAAAUUCAUCACAGCAGUCUGGCACCGCCACGACCGAAUCGUAAUGCAAGCUCAUCGCCUGUAGUUAAUGGCGCCACCACAACACCUCCUCCGCCACCUGUCGCAGCAGCCAUUACUCCACAUCUCGAACAAUCCCGGGCUCUGGCGAAAGUUCGUAAAUUUCUUGGAUCUUUGGUGCAAAUCACACAGGACUCACAUCCGGAAAUUAGUGAUAGGACGAGAGCAUUAGUGUUAUCGCUAGCGAGUGGGGGCAUAUCAAUUGAUGAGUUCCGAACAGCUCUUCAGGAUAUCACAAGUUACCCCCUCAGACCAAAUAUCAUUCCAUUUAUGAAGACACAUAUUCCAUUGUUACAACGUGAGAUAGCUAGUCUAGCGAGAGCUACUAACCAGACCCCACUCCAAUAUGUAACGAGUAAUGAAAGCAGUGCCAUCGAAUUUUCCCACGGCUCAUCGGAUCACGCAGAAAUUUUCCUUCCGGUUGAGGGUGCCACAGUGAAUAGCAGCGUGAAUGGUAACGGAUUAGUUUUCAAAAGGAGGCCGUCAGAUACUCUAGGGGAUCAGCAUAAUGUUGUGACUGACUGGAACGAUUACAUCUACCCGCCAGCGAAAAGAUUGCACAGCCACACGGCCCUCAUGAAUUCUAGUCAUUUAUUCAGUAGUCAACCAUCGCUAUUCGAGUACCAAGGGAGUGCAGGAAAUCAGAGUGAAGCAGGAUUUGGUGUGCUCUUAGAUAAGUCAAAUCAUCGUGAUGACCGUGAUCCUGGAAGCAGAUGUUCGGAUUCUCAAAGAAGCAAUCGAAUGAGCGGCGAAGAAGAAUGGAAGAAUAUUCAUACAAUGCUCAAUUGUAUAUCGGCAAUGGUUGAUAAGACGAAACGUGCCAUUACGAUAUUACAGCAAAGAGGGGUUGACCCCCAACCGAAUUACUCCGAUACCGCGGUCAUUGAAAUUCGAAGGCAAACGGAAGAAAAAGUAGCAGAACUGAAAAGGAAUGCUGAAGAUGCUGUGAACCAGGUUAAGAGACAAGCUGUCAUUGAAAUUCAAAGGGCUGUGGCGGCUGCAGAAAAUCGUGCUGCAGAGGUAAUGGCACAAGAACGUUUAAAAAUGGAGAAAUUUUUCGCCGAUAUGAGCAAACAUGCCACAGAAACCGAUGUUGAGAGCAAAUCCCCAUCUCUGUCAGCUGGACAAAAUGCCUGUUGGAAUUGCGGAAGAAAAGCUAAUGAGACUUGUUCAGGAUGCAACUUAGCGAGAUAUUGUGGAGCAUUUUGUCAACACAAAGACUGGGAGCAUCACCAUCAGAUUUGUGGUAAUGUUCGCCCUGAGGUAACGGCCAAACAUCCGGCACAAACAGUUCGUGCUCAAAUCACAAGAUCACCCCCAUCCCAGCCACAGCCCCAGGUGUCAGCGACAACGCAACCACCUAGUGUUGUAACAAAUGGCGUCAACUCUGGGGGCGGAACGAAAUGACGUAUUCGCAUGAUGAAACCAAAAAAGAAGUACUUGUGCUAGUCAAUUUAUACCUUAUAAAUUAUUAUAAUGAAACAUUAAAGGUAUCUAAUAUAAAUACUACAAUACCAUUAGCAUCUAAGGAACUACGUUAAGUGAAAUCAAGUCAGUAAAUAUGUAAAGAGAAAAUUUCUCAAGAAAUGGAACUCCUCAGUUUAAGAAAAUGUUACCGAAGAAAUGUCCUUUUUGUGCUCUUUAUGUUAUGCUAGGGGGAAUAGGGAAGAAGGUUAAGUUUAAAUGCUAGACUGUUAUACAGUGAACUUAAUAUUUAUUUACUGGAGUUUUUCCUGGCAUUUUUCCUUUUCAAAAACAGUUACAGUUGUUUGCAAACAAAUUAGUAAGAAUUUCAAGGAAUAGAUAAGUAAUGAAAUGAGGAAUAUUCCAGAGAUCGAACUCUGUUUACAAAGAGUAAACUCCCAACAGUAAAUCAACCUUUUUUCCAAACUUACCUUUUCCACGAAAAUAGAAACAGUAUAAGACCAUUGUGCAAUAUAUAGCGGUUAAUAUGUUUUACAGUCGAUCUCGUCGUCAGUUCCUUCUUUUCCAAAGCGACAUGGUCGGCCCUUUCAGAGAGUCCUUAUUUAUACGAACACCGAAUUCUUGAAGCGAAUCUCACCCAAUACCCAAAUCAACAUUCGGAACGUAUUGGAUUUUAGUCAGUCACCAGCAAAUUUCAAGUAGAUUUAAUGCACAAUUCGUAAAUGAACCAUUAAUUAAUAGCUCAUAGAUUACAAUGCAUUUGAAAGGAAACGUAUUUUAAUGUAGUGAAUGCACCAGAUUCGAUAAAUUUGCACAAAUUUCAAACAGACUAUUCUUGUGUAUUUUGCGAAAUCUCUCAAUGCAUUAUGGUACCAAAAUCAUUGUCAUAUUUGCAUUGCUAGCGUAGUGCUAAGUUAAUGACGUUUGUAUUAUUUAAUAUUACUACAAUGUUUGUUUUAUUUAAAUAUUGUAAUCGAAGGCAGAGAUUUUAUUUUCUACGAUUUGUUAAGCAUUAAAUAAAUUGAAAACAA